AUGAAGACUUUAGUAGUGUUACUUGUAGCGUUCAUAGCCGUCGCUCAAGCCGUGUCAAUUUAUAAUUCUGCGGCACGGGAAUGGAAUACUUUUAAGGCCGAACAUGGAAAGAGCUACACGAAUGAAAUCGAAGAAAAAUCGCGAUUGAAAAUCUUCAUGGAACAUAAGCAAAAAAUUGCCGAGCACAACGCAAUGUUCGAGCAAGGAUUAGUCACCUACAAACUAGGACUUAACAAAUACUCCGACAUGAUACAUCAUGAAUUCGUGCGCACAAUGAACGGCUUCAACAAGUCGAGAUCAGGAAUACCUGACAGUUCCAAAAAGAUGAAAGCAGUGCGAUUCGCGUCGCCAGCACACGUGCAACUGCCUGCGAGUGUAGACUGGAGAAAGGAAGGUGCCGUCACCAAUGUCAAGGAUCAAGGGUUCUGCGGUUCAUGCUGGUCAUUUUCAGCAACGGGUGCACUGGAAGGCCAACACUUCCGCAAGACCGGUAAAUUGGUAUCCUUGAGCGAGCAAAAUCUUCUCGACUGCUCGGGUAGUUACGGUAACUAUGGUUGCGACGGUGGUAUCAUGCAAUAUGCCUUCAACUACAUCAAGGACAAUAAAGGUAUCGAUACCGAGAAGACAUACCCUUACGAAGCUAGUGAAGAAUAUUGCCGUUACGACCCACGCAACAGCGGCGCCGAGGAUGUCGGUUUCGUGGACAUUCGCACUGGGGACGAACAACAGCUCAUGGAGGCUGUUGCCACUAUUGGCCCGAUUGCCGUCGCUAUGGAUGCAUCUCACUUGAGCUUCCAAAACUACAGAUCUGGGAUCUAUUACGAGCCAAAAUGCAAGAACAAAAACGAUGACCUUGAUCAUGGGGUCCUCAUAGUUGGCUAUGGUACUACUGAAAACGGAAUAAACUACUGGCUGGUAAAGAACAGUUGGGGAGAUAGUUGGGGCGAGAAUGGUUACUUUAAGAUACCGCGUAACAAGAAUAACCAUUGCGGUAUCGCUACUGAUGCCAGUUAUCCUCUUGUUUAGCAACGGGUAAUCCAGUCAUAUAAGAUCGCGCGAUGCUUAUUUCACUUGGUGUUAUUAAAAUGAAAUUUGAAUGUAAAGAAUGGUAUUGUUGUGAUAUUCAAGCAGUUAAGUGUUAUAUAUUUAAGUCGACUAUUUCCUUUUUGGAAUUGAGUAAGAAUUCAAAUACGUUUAUUGUAAAUCACUUUUGCGUGUAUUUGUGGAGACUCAACUGUUAAUCACCCUAAGCACGCUGUUCGUUUGUUCGCGCGAUAUUUUUGAAAUUACUAACAUAGUGAA